AUGGCCUCGCCCAAAUCUCAUCAUGCACUCAUCCUAGGGGCUUCCGGGCUCAUCGGCUGGGCCGCCGUGAACCAGCUACUAUCCAACUACCCGCACACGGGCAUGGUCACCAAGGUCACCGCACUCACCAAUAGGCCCAUCAACCUUGAUGAAUCUGGCUGGCCAGCUGAUGAUUCAUACAAAGGCCGGCCGACACUUCAAUUGGUUUCCGGUAUUGAUCUCAAGGGCGCAAGCUCUGAGGACGAGCUUACCGGGGCUCAAGAGCUAUCAAGAGCUUUUGCAGAGCGAGUCGACGAUGUACAAACUGUCACCCACGUGUAUUACUUUGUAUUCACAUCAAUCGAGGACCCUAUUGAAGAGGUGGCAGUCAACAAGCGAAUGCUUGAGAACGUCAUUGGCGCAUUGGAGAUUCUAAAUGCUCCAUUGAAGUUUGUUGUCUUUCCUGGUGGAACGAGGGGCUACGGUAUAUAUACACCAGGUGGCAUGUUUACGCCGCCUUUGCAAGAAGACAUGGUCGGAAACUUGUCGCCAGAAUACGCCAAGACCGUUGUCUAUCCCGUAUAUCGCCAACUACUGGCCAAGGCAUGUGAGAGCAAGACUUGGACUUGGUGCGAAAUAUGCCCAGACGCAAUUAUUGGCUUUACACCGAAUGGCUCGCAGUUUUCUCUUGCUCUUCACUGGGCGCAAUACCUUUCACUAUAUGCGUAUAAUCAUGGAAUCCUACCUGGAGACGGAGAAGCGUCGCAUACCAAAAUCACAGUACCUUUUCCCGGCGUUGACGCAGCCUACAACUCCAAAUUCACGCCAGUGUCUGCAAAAACACUCUCCCGCUUUGCGAUCUAUGCCUCGAUCAACCCAGACGCCUGUGGCGGUGGCCGCUUGUUCAACGUAGGGGACAGCGCGACGCCGGCCACUUUCGGAGAAAUAUGGCCGAGGCUGGCAGCAUGGUUUGGGAUGGAAGGCGGACCGCCCGUGACUUCUUCUGGAGAAUCGUCUGUCGAGGUAGAGGCUCGGUUGAUGCCCGGCCAGUACAUAGCCAAGUACCAAGGCUUGUUUGAUCAAAACGGACUCUCUAGGGCUGUAAAGGCCGGAGUGGGCGCUGGCAGCUCACAGCUGGACAGCGUGGGAACUUGGCUGACAUUCGACCGGCAACUGAGCCUGGAGAGCCUCAGAGAGACUGGUUUCAAUGAGGAGAAGGACCCAAUCGAGGGCUGGCUGGAGGCUUUCGAAGCUUUCAGGAGAGCGGGUUUGAUCUUUUGA